ACGGCCCCUAGUCCGCCGCCACGAGACACAUGUCUCCAUUCCGCGAAGCGCAAUACGGAAAGGCCCUUCCUAGCGUACGGAUGGUGCGCUCUAGCCCAGAGACGCGGUCGCUCCACCUAGGCAAUGCUCAGGUAAUAGGGACCGCAUUUUGUGCCGCCAGCGGCCGGGUCACAAUACAGAUCCGUCCAAACCACCGAGGCUCGCAGCCUGGACCUCGCCGGUCUGCGACGCCACUGGGCGUGGAAACCGCAGUAGUUCCUACCACCACCGUCAAUCAUGCGAGCAGGACCCAGACGGCAUAAUGGAGUUGUACGUCUGCUCUUUGAAUAAGACCCUCUUCCACCCCGCCUCGUCACUUCUCUUACCACUUUCUCCCCCGCGAUUUUGGGUCACAGGCCUUCCUGAUCCAUUGUCCGAGGCACCCACUACUCAGCGAGGUCCGACCCCCGAAGACGACAAUCGCACGCCCAGACCGACCUGAGGUGUUGAAGCAGACCGGUCGCCGUCCGGGCCAUCCGAAAACGAUCACCUCACCGAAGGAGAGGCCAAGGUCACACGAAGAGGAAGAAGAAGAAGACGACCAGCCUCCUGCCUACAAUGGCGAGGUUCCCACCGCCUGAGGUCCUCGCCUCUUGGCCCGAGCCCAACUUUGUAGACCCCAUCAACAGAGGUCCGGCUUUGAUGAUAGUCGAGCUCACAAUCCUACCCAUCGCUCUGGUCUGCCUGGCUCUUCGACUCUAUGUCAGGUUAUGCAUCAUCCGAAAGAGUUGGUGGGAUGACUGGCUGAUGGUCGGUGGCGCGGUAUUCGCUUCCGGAGUCACCGUCUGCGUCAUCUUGGCGACCCAGUUCUACGGAUGGAAUCUGCACGUAUGGGACUUGACGCCACAACAGAUGCAGCAAGGCCGCCAGAUCUCCAUUGCUGCCCAGACCAUCUUCCUCUUCGCUUCUGGCCUCACCAAAUUGUCCAUGUUGGCCAGUUACCUGCGUAUUGCACCUCUCGGCUCGGCAUUCCGGAAACUCACAUGGGCGACCAUUUACGUCGUCUUUGCGUUGAUUUGGAUCUUCAUCAUCGUCCUCUGGACACAAUGCAUCCCCGUGGCCCACUACUGGCACCUCUCGCCCUCGUCGGCUGACAGCUGCAUCGGCGAGUGGCCCCCUCUCGCCGCGCAGGCCAUCACCACGGUCGUCACGGACCUCAUUGUCACGGUCCUCCCGAUGCCGACCCUCUGGAAGCUCCGCCUUCCCGUCUAUCAGCGCAUCGGCCUCAUGGUCCUCUUCGGCUUCGGCGUCAUCGUCGUCGUCGCCGGCGCCAUGCGCACCUACUGGACCAUUUACGUCACCGUUCACUUCUUCGAUGUCCCUGGUACGUCCUUGCUCUGUUUAUGUGGUUUGCCUUUAGUCUAUUCUUGUAUCCCUGCGGUGUGUGCUACGCAUGGGCGGGUCGAGCGGCACCGGUGGACGAAGCACGAGACCCGACCCUGCGGCGCCGCAGACGAUCGGCACGGCCGUCACGAGGCCGAAGAAGGGCCCGCGGGCGCGACGGUCGCGGAGGAGCCGUGGGAGGAGCACGGGCUCGAGACCAUGUCGUCGAGGGGUGGCGCGAAUACGCCCGUCAAGGAGCCGCCGCCAGGGUGGCUACCGAUCAAUGAUACUUGGAAUCGAGGCCCUUAUGGCGUGCAUGAUAGGGUAUGA